ACUCUCUCAUCACUUCAUCCUUCUCAACAAGUAACUCUAAAUAACAUGGAAGCUUGUUUUCUCACUCAAAAUUCCUUCAACAAAUCCACAGAUCAACUCAUUCCCACAAUCAGAGCUGGCUCUCUAGCAUACUCCAAGUUCAAGAGAUCUUCUCAACAAUUCCACUGCAGAAAAGUUGGAAUUCCAUUUCCCACAUCAUGCUGCCACUUGUCAGCAUCAUCACCGUUGGAUGAUGACAAACCUACCAUCAAUGCUGAUUGGCGAUCCUUCCGUGCAAAACUAGUGGCUGGAGAGCAAUUGAUAAAGCCUGAGGAGCCUUCUUCUUCAGUGAAUGAUCCAGAUACUGUUGUGGAUCAGCCUCCACUCAUCACUGUUGGUGAUAAAUGGGCCCAUAUAAUCCAUGAGCCUGAAAGGGGUUGUUUACUCAUUGCAUCCGAAAAGCUUGAUGGGGUCCAUAUUUUUGAACGGACGGUGAUCCUUCUUCUAUCAACUGGGCCGUUAGGCCCAUCAGGGAUCAUCCUCAAUCGACCAUCCUUAAUGUCCAUCAAGGAGACAAGAUCAACGGCUUUGGAUGUGGAAGGCACGUUUUCUAAUAGUCCAUUGUUCUUUGGGGGACCCUUGGAGGAAGCGUUGUUUUUGGUGAGUCCAAAAGAUGGUGAGGGUGAUGGUGAUGGUGAUGGGGUGGGGAAGAGUGGGGUUUUUGAGGAAGUGAUGAAAGGGUUGUAUUAUGGAACAAAGGAAAGUGUGGGUUGUGCUGCUGAAAUGGUUAAGAGGAAUGUGGUUGGGCUUGGAGAUUUUAGGUUCUUUGAUGGGUACUGUGGGUGGGAGAAAGAGCAAUUGAAAGAUGAAAUCAGAGCUGGUUAUUGGACUGUAGCUGCUUGCAGCCCAAGUGUAGUUGGGCUGCAGAGUGUUGGAAUUGUUGGGCUGUGGGAUGAAGUUCUUGGACUUAUGGGCAGAAGGAAGGUCAAGUGAGGCAUAAUAAUAUAAGAGCUGAUGCAUGAACAAGCAAACUUGUUUUGAUGGUUCUCACACUUUGCAAUUGCAGGCAUGAGAAACAGAAUUGUCUGAUUCAAUUGAAUUAUUACAAGAAGAUGAUUAACCUUGUAAAUUAUAAUAUUUUUCCUAAUUUGUGUAUUUAGUUGUUUAAUGGAUUUAAGAUGUUCACGUUGAAAAUGUCUAUUCCUAAAUGUGAGAUAUAUACGAGACAUGAAAUUAUGCAUAGAAAAAAGAGCAAAUGAUGCACCCGAUAAAAAAAGCACUA